CACAACUGAUAAGAUUAUAGCAUGUUGACAAAGUGAAUGGCAUGAAAUUGCGCCAAACAAAACGAUAGACUAUCGCUGACCUGCACGACAUGAGAGAUCUUCUCUUCUACAUCAACUCUCUUGAAAACUGAAGUGAACAUUCUAGAAAGGAGAUAUGAAAGCGAUUCUUUUAGCACUAAUUGUGUUGGUUGUGUUGUUCAUCACUCCGGCUACUUCUGAAUGGAACCAAGAAGCCAGAGACUACAUCGUGGAAAUUCAUAACGACAGAAGGAGAGGAGAAAAUGGAUGUUUCAUGUACAAAAUGGAAUACGACAUGGAGUUAGAGAGGAGAGCCAGAAAUUGGGCUGAAAAAUGUAUUUUUAAACACGAGUAUGCUGGUGACAUAGGAGAAAAUUUGGCAUUUAAUACCAGUAAAAAUCCUGAAAAAGUAAUGAUAGAGAACUCUUGUUAUAACUGGUUUAUCGAAAAAGAAAAAUACAGUUAUGAAAAUCAGAAGGAUUGUAGUUCGACUGGGGCUUGUCACUACCUUCAGAUGGUAUGGGGAAAAACAAAUAAAAUAGGCUGUUACAGUAUCAGGUGUAAUACACUUCAAGCUUUACGAAAAAUUGUAGUUAACGGCUGGAAUUUGGUCUGUUACUACUCUCCCAGAGGAAACUGGAAACGAGAGAAACCUUACGCCAAGGGAUGCUCGAGGAAAUGCAAUGAAGGAGAAACAGAAGAUGAAGGGCUUUGUAUAGGCGCCGGCCAAGGGGGUGCUUAUAUAGUUAGUCACGAAACAGGUUUAGCUACAGGUUCCGAGAGCAUGAUCAAGCAAAACAGUCUUUUCCUAAGUUCUGGAGAAACAUUUCAACAUGAUAAUUUAGCUACAGGCUCUCAAAAAACAUUUAACCAAAUAGACUUGGUUGCAGGUUCUCCAGAAACAUUUCCACAAGGAGGUUCAGCUACAGAUUAUAAUGAGAUAGUCGGCCAAGGAAGUAUUCGUACAAGCUCUAGUAAAACAUACAACCAUGAAGGUUUAGUUACAAGUUCAGGCGAAACAUACAUCCCUGGAGGUUCAGCGACAAGUUUAGGCGAAACAUACAAUUAUGAAGGUUCAGCUACAAGCUCAGGCGAAACAUACAACCCUAGAGGUUCAGCUACAAGUUCAAGCGAAACAUACAACUAUGAAGGUUCAGCUACAAGCUCAGGCGAAACAUACAACCCUAGAGGUUCAGCUACAAGUUCAGGCAAAACAUACAACUAUGAAGGUUCAGCUACAAGCUCAGGCGAAACAUACAACCCUAGAGGUUCAGCUACAAGUUCAGGCGAAACAUACAACCCUAGAGGUUCAGCUACAAGUUCAGGCGAAACAUACAACUAUGAAGGUUCAGCUACAAGCUCAGGCGAAACAUACAACCCUAGAGGUUCAGCUACAAGUUCAGGCGAAACAUACAACUAUGAAGGUUCAGCUACAAGCUCAGGCGAAACAUACAACCCUAGAGGUUCAGCUACAAGUUCAGGCGAAACAUACAACUAUGAAGGUUCAGCUACAAGUGCAGGCGAAACAUACAACCAUGAAGGUUCAGCUACAGGAUCAGGUCAAACAAACAACCGUGUAGUUUCAGCUACAAGAUCAGGUCAAACAAACAACCGUGGAUUUUCAGCUACAGGCUCAGGCCAAACAAACAGCCGUGGGUUUUCAGCUACAGGAUCAGGUCAAACAAGCAACCGUGGAUUUUUAGCUACAAGUUCAGGUCAAACAAGCAACCGUGGAUUUUCAGCUACAGGUUCAGGCCAAACAAACAAUCGUGGAUUUUCAGCUACAAGAUCAGGUCAAACAAACAGCCGUGUAGUUUCAGCUACAAGAUCAGGUCAAACAAACAGCCGUGUAGUUUCAGCUACAAGUUCAGGCCAAACAAACAACCGUGGAGUUUCAACUACAAGAUCAGGUCAAACAAACAGCCGUGUAGUUUCAGCUACAAGAUCAGGUCAAACAAGCAACCGUGGAGUUUCCGCUACACGUUCAGGCCAAACAAACAACCUUGGAGUUUCAACUACAGGAUCAGGUCAAACAAACAACCGUGUAGUUUCAGCUACAAGAUCAGGUCAAACAAACAACCGUGUAGUUUCAGCUACAAGAUCAGGUCAAACAAACAACCGUGGAUUUUCAGCUACAAGAUCAGGUCAAACAAACAACCGUGGAUUUUCAGCUACAAGAUCAGGUCAAACAAACAACCGUGUAGUUUCAGCUACAAGAUCAGGUCAAACAAACAACCGUGUAGUUUCAGCUACAAGAUCAGGUCAAACAAACAACCGUGGAUUUUCAGCUACAAGAUCAGGUCAAACAAACAACCGUGGAUUUUCAGCUACAAGAUCAGGUCAAACAAACAACCGUGUAGUUUCAGCUACAAGAUCAGGUCAAACAAACAACCGUGGAUUUUCAGCUACAAGAUCAGGUCAAACAAACAACCGUGUAGUUUCAGCUACAAGAUCAGGUCAAACAAACAACCGUGUAGUUUCAGCUACAAGAUCAGGUCAAACAAACAACCGUGGAUUUUCAGCUACAAGAUCAGGUCAAACAAACAACCGUGUAUUUUCAGCUACAGCAUCAGGCGAAACAUUCAAACAAGGAGGUGCUCAAGGAAGUGUUGAUCAAGAAACAGUCAUACAAAGUGAUUACGCCAGAGUUAAUCAAGCUGGUGGAGACUGUGUCGACAAAAAUGAAAACUGUGUCCUAUGGGCCCAAGCUGGUCGAUGUAAAGAAGAUCACCAGUACCUGAAAGAAAAUUGCAAAAUGUCCUGUAACUAUUGCGGAGAUGCUGCUGCAGGUCAAAGAACUCAAAGCACCAUAAGCUGCGAGCAAACCGAUGAAUAUUGUGAAAAAUGGGCCAUAGCCAGACUGCAACGCAAAGACACCUGUCUCUAAAAAAAUAUAUAAAUAUCAAACAUAUAAAGCAGAAAUAAAAUAUCAUGAUACAUAAUUAAGUUAUGGUUAUUUAGUACGAUAUUGUCAGAAUAAAAACAAAUAACUUAUUUCCGGAAUAAAUGAAAA